AUGGGGCACUUGUUUGGCUUGUCUGCUCAACAAUAUUAUAACAUUGAAAAUGAAGAUGAGUCAGAUGCGAGGGUUGCCCCAAUUUAUCCAACGCCUGACAGAGGGACACUCGCAACCAAGGGUGGAUGUGCUUUUACCGGACAUGGAGGAGGAGCAGCAGGAGGAAGAAUAGUCGCACCCAACAACAAAAGAGAAGGAAGAACAGCCGCAACCCAACGGUCAGGAGCAACCCCCACAACAAUGAAACGAGACAAAGAGGACGGUGAAGAGCAAGAGGAGGAAGAUCCAUCAGAAGAUACAGAGGAUUCCGAAAGGUUGGUGGAUACGCUCAACCUUUUGCAGAGGCAUGAGCUGCUAUCUCUGUUCUCUGAGAACUUAAAGAGCGGAAGAGCAGUGAUGAAGCACUUUGUUCACGUAAGGAUAUCUUGAAACCGAAUCAUCAAAGGCGUGGAUCUGGAUGUGGCAGUGCAAUACUUCCUGAGGAAAAAAGCUUCCAACCUGUCUGGUGUACAAAAGGCGAGCAUGUGGGUUAAAUCAUCCAACUUCAACAAGAUCAACUCGCAUGCAGCCAGCAGCUCGGGGACAUCAGGCAGGUUAUUUACAGGCUUGCAGACACUCCUAAUAGAGGAAGCGAUCUGGUCCCUUCCUCCCAAUGCUUCUGGACAGAAAUGUGUCGAUGCAAUUACAUCCGAGGAGAGAUGUAGGGAACAGUGCAUUCAUGAUUCAUUUACAGCACAACAACUUAAAGUCAAAGUCAAAACCAUUAGGUGGAAAGCUGCCCGAGAGGCAAAAAGUUUCCACUUGUAA